AGGCAAAGCCUUGGAUGGGAUGAUCUAGUUGGGGAUAGCCCCGCUUUCAGCAAGGGCUUGGACUAGAUGACUUUCUGAGGUUCCUUCUACCCCUAACUUUCUGAGAUUCUGUGAUUUCUAUUUGAUGCACUUCAGGUACUUGGCCAGGCUGUUGGGGCUUCUCAACAGGUAUUUUUAUUGCUCUAAAAUAUAAUUCAAGAUAGCAAAUAUCCUUUAGAAAAAUAAGGUCCUUAGCUCACUUUACGUGGGUUGAAGUGGGAACAUUCACAAGGCUGCUGUUGGCCAUAUAAAAAAAAAAAAAAAAAAAAGAAAAAAGUAUCAGUACACUUGUAAGGGGCAGAGAGCUGGGGUCUAGGACCAUAGGAUAAUCCUGGUUUGAUGAAACCUCAGUAUCAGUAGAAAGCAAUCUGCAGAGCCAGGAUGUAGACUUAAUUUUACAUCUUUAUUGUAAGCAAGUUUGUGUCUUCACUUGACUGAUGCCUCCUUUGGGAAUACGAUUCUCCAAGCAGAGCUCUGUGUAUAAAAGCAAGAUUGCCUCCCCCUUUCCCCCCCAUAAUUAGGGGGUAAUUCUAAGUAUGCUAUCUUUGUUCAACAUGUUUUUUUUCCUUCCUGCCAUUAUUAGCUGUUUUUCAGCUUAUUUUUUCCUUUGAUAUUGAACUGGCAGAUGAUAUAUGAGGGGGAGAUACUUCUCUUAGUGGUUUCUGUUGCGAUCAUUUCUUGUCAUUUACCUAUUUAUUAUUGUACACACAACCUUUUUCUGUUGGAGGCUGAAUUGAGAGUAUUUACUCUUCAUGGUUUGUUUUUUUUGUUUAAUUUCUGAGUAAUGAAGCCCCUAUUGUUACUCUACAGCAAUUUGGAAAGAAGUUUCUUUUGAGGCGUCAGAAGUGUGACAAUACUAGCUGGCUUCUGAGGCUCCCAAGAUAGUUAUGGAGGCGACUCCUGGUUCCUAUGGAGACAUGAGUUAAUGACAGAAAAGAAAGAAAAAACAUUUUUCUAUACAUAUUUUGCUAUGCUAAAACUAUACAUUUGAGUGUGGGUAACGGUGGAAAAUCAGGGUUUCAAAGAACUUGUCUCAUGCUUAAUUAUGAAAACAUCUGGUUAAUUUUUCACUUGAUUUUUUGGAAGGCUUAUUAUUUUAACAGGUGUACUUUUUGAUAUGCAAACGUUUUUCUUUUAGCAGUAGGCUUACAUGCUUUAUUAGGAAAAUCCACAUAACUAUCUAGUAUAAUAUUAAGAGAAGAAGAUUCUGCUUUAGUAAAUUAUUCCACUACUUGGGUCUUUGUCCUUUGCCUUAAAUGCUAACUGGGUAUUGCUUCAGUGAUUACCAGUGGGUCUGUAAUGUGUGCUGUAAUCCUGUCCCAAAAUUAAGUAAAUUUUCCUGUGUUGGCAAGGAGAUUAAAGGUCCCGAAGUAUGAAAUAGUAAUUUUGCCUAUAAACAGUCUGAAGAAUAGUCACAUUUGUUCUUAAGCUUGUUAGUUUGGGUUUUUUUGUGGGGGGAGGGGGGUUCUUUCAAGCUGCUUUUUUUUUUUAGCCUUUUUAUAGCGUUGGUCUUCAGUAACAAGUUUACCGGACAGGUUCUAUGUGGAUAUUAUGCAGACCAGUGCUGUAUAAACACCUUGUCCAUAGAGAUACAUUUCUGUUCCCUUUCCUCUAUCCAUGUACACACCAACGUAUAAUGAUGGCAUUGCCACUCGAUUUGAGGGCGCAGGUUAUUAAAGCUAAAUGGACAAUAUUGCCAAGUAAUGUUUUAGUCUUCUGCAAAGUAUACUAGGAGUGCACCGAUAAAGAAUUUUCUUGGCUGAUAUCAAUGGCCGAUUAUUAACCAGCCAUAUCAGCUGAGACUGAUCUGAGAGCUGAUUUACAGCAGUGCUUCCCAACCUUUUUAGACUGGCAAACUGUGGACUGGCAAACUGCAGUGUACAAAUAACCGGACAGUAGACUAAGUAUAAAAAAGGGUUGGCUGCCACUCUACAGUAUGCCGGUCACUUCUGGUCUGGCAGCCAACCCUCCUGCAGACCAGCAGCCAACCUUUUGCAGCUGCGGCCCAAGGGUUGGGAACCUCUAAUUUACCGGAAUGCAGCCUGGCAGCUUGGAGAGCAGCAUCCAGCUAAAUGUGAACAAUAUGAGCAGAAGAUGAAGUUUACACCUGCUUGAGAUUUGACCUCUUGAAUAGUCAACAGUAAAAUAAUGUGGGAUACUCCAAGGCUUCGAUGUCUUUUAGUGGUAGCUUGCCUACAUCUGACCAGCUUACUUUAUAGUCAAGAGACAGGUUAUUCAGAAGCACCUCAGACUUUGAGAUGUAUAACACAUGAUUUCAAUAUAAUGACCUGUUCUUGGGAUGCCUUCUCCAGUACAAACCUUGGACAGUCUUAUGAGUUCUGUUAUGAAAACAGUGGCCUUCUAGUAUGUAAUAAAAAUAAGGAAAAAAGUGCAGAUAUUCCAAUUGUGCAUGGCUCCACCACCAUAAAGAUAACGACAUUAAAUGCUUCUGGAACUCCUUUAGCUACGACAACAUUCAUACUGCCUGAGAAAAAUGUUUCAUUCAUUCCACUCACCCCACAAAUUCUUAGCCUGACUCCUGACUUUUCGACUGAGAUGUUAUAUUUGAAGUGGAAGGACGGUGGCUCAGCCUUCCCAUUUGAUUUAGAUGCCACCUGGCAGAUUGAGGUUCUGCGUAAAGAAACAUUGGAGAGAGUGGCACAAGUGACCUACCAUUCAAAAUUGACUUCUAAAGACACUAUUCUUUCAUGGAACUGGAAAUCAGACAUGCCACUGGAGUGUGUGUCGCACUCUGUGAGGAUCAGAUGUUAUAUAAAUAAAAUGAAUUACGGUGGUAACAAAGAAUGGAGUGAAUGGAGCCCAAUUGUAACAGUUCCUGGAGAAGUGCCUGAUUUAAGUUUUGCCAAGGUUUUUCCUCAGGACAGAGUGGUACCAGUUGGUUCCAAUAUGACAUUUUGCUGCUUACACCGUGAAGAUGAAAGAAUAGAACAUAUUAAAUAUGGAUUAAAAUCGUAUCCACUUCUUCAUCUCAGCGAAUGGAGCAGUGCAAUCCAAGUACAGAACGUCAGCGCUUCAGAAUCUAGUGGGACAAAUAUAUGGUGUUCGCUGCUGCCAUAUGGCGUGGAGGGAACUGUUUUAUUUGUAGGAUAUCCCCCUGAUAUUCCACAAAAUCUGACUUGUGAAACACACACCUUGGACAAAAUAAUAUGCACCUGGAACCCAGGAAGACCCACUGAACUCUUUGCAUCACGCCAAACAAACUACAUUUUAUCUGAAAGAAUAUCUGGAAGAAAUGGUACCUGCAGAGUAACUGAAAAUACCAUGGGAAAUGUGUGCGUCUUUACAGUGCUUGCCACUCAAAAUAUCUACAAUUUCACUCUACAAGCUUUCAAUCCUGUUGGUCAAACAGAGUCAUCACUUUCAAUUGAUAUAAACCAAAGAGUUCAUCCAAAAACUCCUUCUAAAUUCACUGUCACUGGUGAAAGCCCAACAAAAGCCCAUGUGUCUUGGUAUUUACCUGGCAACUUUAUUCAGAUUAAGCUUCUGUGCCAAAUUGAAAUUAGCAAGAGUCAUUCAGAACCAGAACUGGACAAUGUCACAGUAUAUGGUACAGUAAAUUCUUGCUAUGAAGCUCAGCUGGACAUGUUACAUCCAAAUACUGCAUACACAUUCAGGGUGCGCUGUUCAGCAGCUGACCACUUCUGGAAAUGGAGUAACUGGAGCGAGAAAAAACAGUGGACAACAUGGGAGGCCCCUCCUGUGAGGGGACCAGAUAUCUGGAGAGAGAGAAGCUCUGUUGGAGGAAAUGUAGUAAAAAUCUUUUGGAAGCCACUACCUCUCCUUGAAGCAAAUGGGAUAAUACACUCCCAUGUAGUAUCAUGUUAUCUGGAUACAGCAGUACAAUCCAAGGAGAUCCCUGCAUCCUUAAACAGCACCGACAUCGAACUUGGAAAAAAUGACUGUAACAUCAGUGUUGUAGCCAAAAAUGGAGCAGGCUCAUCCCCUCCUUCUAGGAUAACUAGUGUGGAACUUCCAAGCGACAAUGUCAAGACAAAGCAGGCAAUUGCAACAGGAAGUGGAAUUUACAUUACUUGGCAGUCUGACCCAGAUGUUAACUGCGGCUACACAGUAAAAUGGUGUCGUUCUCCUGGGUGUGAACCCUAUAGUGUGGACUGGGAAACAUUUCCUUCAAAUGCAACAGAAGCUGUGAUAACAUCUGCUCUAUUUCAGCCUGGUGUGAGAUACAAUUUUUCUCUCUAUGCCUGUAAAUCCAGUGGAUAUCAGUUAUUGCAAAACAUAACUGGAUACAUACAAGAAUUGGCUCCAAAAGUUGCACCUAAUUUUACUGUAGAAGAAACCUCUUCAGAUUCCAUAUUGGUAAAAUGGGAAAACAUUCCUGUUGAAGACUGCCAGGGAUUUUUAAAGGGAUAUUUGCUUUUCUUUGCAAAGGGGGAAAAAGAUCCUUUAAAACCAAAGUUAUUGGAACCAGGGCAUCCUGAGCUAAAAGUAAAGAAUAUUACUGACCUAACAAAAAAGUCGCUGCGAAUACUUGACCUUCAAGGCAAAACAAGUUAUCAGUUGGACUUACGAGCCUACACUGCUGGUGGAAUAGGCCCAUCCAAUGGCCUGUAUGUGGUGACAAAAGAAGACUCUGUGGGGCUAAUCAUUGCCAUCCUCAUCCCAGUGGCAGUGGCUCUUGUGUUUGGGGUGGUGACCAGCAUCCUUUGCUACCGAAAAAGAGAAUGGAUUAAAGAAACGUUCUACCCUGAUAUUCCGAAUCCUGAGAACAGCAAGGCAUUGCAGUUCCAGAAGAACAUAUGUGAGGGGAACACUGCCCUUAAAACAUUGGAAAUGAACCCUUGUACCCCCAAUAGCGUUGAAGUGCUAGAAACACGAUCUGCAGUCCCUAAGAUGGAGGACACAGAAAUUAAAUCCCCUGUUGCGGAUAGUGAGCCUCCUGAGGAUGUCUCGGACACAGAAACUGAAAACCUUGUGGUGGUAUCAUACUGCCCACCUAUCAUUGAGGAGGAGAUCUCCAACCCCUCAGUAGAUGAAUCUGUGGGGUCUUCUCAGGUCAUUUAUAUUGAUGUUCAAUCAAUGUAUCAGCCUCAAGUUAAACCAGAGGAAGAGCCAGAAAUAGACUUUGUGACUACAGAAGGCUAUAAGCCACAAAUGCACUUGUCUAUUAAUACUAUAAAAACAGAGAAUCACUUGCCCACAGAAGAGGACUCUGAUAAAACUGCAGGCUACAGACCUCAGGCAAACACAAAUGCCUGGAAUGUAGGCACUCCAGACUCUCCUAGAUCAAUCGAGAGCAACAAUGAAAAUACAUCUUUUGGAAGCCCGUGUUCCAUUAAUUCUCGACAAUUUUUGAUCCCCCCAAGGGAUGAUGAAGACUCUUCCAAGCCAAACAACAUUGGGUGGUCCUUCACAAAUUUUUUUCAGAACAAACCAAGUGAUUAAUAGUGGUUGCGAUCAUUUCAGCUGGACCUGCCAUCUCAAUAAGCUCUUAUUCCAAAUGUAAAAACAGCAUGAGUUCUUGGAGAUAGUCUUCAGAGGUUUUUAGUGUGCUGAAUGUUACAGUGAAAGUGUUAAUGUUGCAUUUUAAUAUAGGCUAAAAGCCAAAGUUCUAGCAACUUAAUUAUUACGCUAGUAAAAUAUUAAGGAAGUUUCAGUUGUAUCUUCUGGUUAUCUUGGCUAAAGAGCUCUACUUCAAAGUAGUGUUUCAGUGGUUGAUAUGGUCUCAUGCAGCUUGUUACCUUGGAAAGGUGCUCUGUUUUUGUAGCUGGUUUCUAUUAUGCAUAUUCAAAUAACAAAAUUCAAACUUGUUUGCAGAUUGAGGGCAGUGACAGUAGUGUCCUCAGCCUAAUCAUUAGGGUGUAUAUGCUUAAAUUGUUUAUUCAACUGUUAGCACUUCCACCUAUGCUGUGUUUAUCUAACUUUUAAAAUCCCACAUACAAAAACAGCAUCACUACUGUCUUAACACUUUAAGCAAUGACUAUUCUUUUCUGUUGUCCAGUAACCAGGACACUAAUUACUGUACAAGGUUCAUUCAGUAUUUGACUCAGGAGUACAAACUUGGAAAACGUGUAACACUGAUUUAAACCUCAACCAGAACUGCAUGAUGUUUAAAAUUUAGCGUUAUUUUUUAAACCGUAAAACACUAUUUUUUCCCUGACACUUCAGUUAAGGAGUUAGUGUUUCUUAACAUAUUGCACUAAUGUAUUUUGUAUAGCUGUAGCUCCAGAUCUGAUGCCUCAAAGAGGUUAAGUAUCGUCUCCUUUUCCUCUCCCCUCAAAUGCCAUUUUAGGCCAAUAGCAUAGCAUCUGGAGCUGAAGGCUUGUAAGCAGCAUAUCCAAAGGAUUAGUCUCCGUUUAACAGUCCUUGAUUGCACUAACCUACCCAUCAAUGUUAUUUCAUAGAUUACAUUUGGUAGAACUAGCUGCUAGAGCAGGUUUGCUCCACCCAUGAGUAGUAGUAGCACCAUGAGAAAGAAUUGUUCCUUGGCUUGUCUUCAGCUGUAAUAGGCCCCGCUAUCCAUGAAGAAUUUCUGUGGCUACUCUCCAGAAACAGUCUGUCCCAGCAUGCAUUCUCCACAGAUUUAAUGUGGAAAUAGAAGAUGGGAUUUUUCCAUAGGCAGUGGGGAGCCCAGAGAAGCUGAUGCCACUAAUUGUACCUCUCUAGCACUGGUCACCUAAUACAACGGUUAUAAUGGUGAGUUUAGUUUGUGUGUUUAGAGAAACAGUCUCAAGAAAGAUGAUUUUUAAUUUCUGUUUUCAUUGAAGUAUCUUAAAAAGCAGGUCUAAUUGUAACAUUUCACUGCAUAAAAAUUAGAUUGUGAUGCUGCAUGAAUAGUGACUACUUUGCUAACUUUGUUUUGUAAAAUAAAUAGUAAUGGUAAGCUGCCACAUGACAUAACAUUACAGCAAAACAGAGUCUUCUAAAGUUCCCAACCCUUUCAAGAUCUCAGUUUUAAAUAGCUGAUUUGUAGUACCUCAAAUGUCUAAAUUGCAGUGGGAGCCUUGUGUAUUAAGCACAAGGCUCCCACUGCCUUGUGCUUACACAGUCUGAAUUUGGUUUCAAAUUCAGACUGUGCAGCUGAAUUUGAAACCAAGCUCACAGCUCUAAGUGAAAUCAGAUGAGAGAGAGAGACUGUUAACAAGGUGGAAGUUGUGUAGGCUACAAAUGACAUUAUCUGACCACCACCAUCUUGCAAGAAACUACCUUAAAUUUGAUUAUAGUAAUGCACAGUAGAUCUCAAACUACCUCUGCAGUCCUUUAGACAGAACUGGCUGAAAGGGCAGAUGGAUUUUCAAAUUGACAAACAGGCAAGCAAAGAAGUAAAAGAUACCAAGAUAGGCAGCUUCAUCUGCAACUUCUGGAAAGCCC